CAAAUGGCGGAUGACGCCGGUGCUGCGGGAGGGGCAGGAGCAGGAGGAGCAGCUGCCAGGGGGGGCUUCCGAGGAGGCUUUGGCAGUGGAGGCAGGGGCCGCGGUCGUGGACGUGGACGUGGCCGUGGCCGUGGCCGUGGGGCUCGAGGCAAAGCUGAGGACAAAGAAUGGAUGCCUGUCACCAAACUUGGCCGACUGGUGAAGGACAUGAAGAUCAAAUCUCUGGAAGAGAUUUACCUUUUCUCUCUUCCAAUCAAGGAGUCUGAAAUCAUUGACUUCUUCCUGGGUUCCUCUCUGAAGGAUGAGGUUUUGAAAAUCAUGCCAGUGCAGAAGCAGACACGUGCAGGCCAGCGCACCAGGUUCAAGGCCUUUGUUGCCAUUGGGGAUUACAACGGCCAUGUUGGUCUCGGGGUAAAGUGCUCUAAAGAAGUUGCCACUGCCAUUCGUGGGGCCAUCAUCCUGGCAAAACUCUCCAUCGUUCCAGUGAGGCGGGGCUAUUGGGGAAACAAGAUUGGCAAGCCUCACACUGUGCCGUGCAAGGUGACGGGCCGGUGUGGGUCUGUCCUGGUUCGCCUGAUUCCUGCGCCGCGUGGCACAGGAAUUGUGUCUGCCCCAGUUCCCAAGAAGCUGCUGAUGAUGGCUGGAAUUGAUGACUGCUAUACGUCGGCAAGGGGCUGCACUGCUACGUUGGGCAAUUUUGCCAAAGCCACCUUUGAUGCCAUCUCGAAGACCUACAGUUACCUGACCCCUGAUCUCUGGAAAGAAACUGUCUUCACUAAAUCUCCUUAUCAGGAGUUCACCGACCAUCUGGCAAAGACCCAUACCAGAGUGUCAGUGCAAAGAACUCAGGCAGCUGCUGUGGCAACCACCUAAAAGAUCCUGCACGUUACCAAUAAAGUUGAGUUAAAUUUUAAACCA